CUGAAAAACUAGCAAACGAAAGUAGUCUUUAUUCUGAUCCAUGAACGAUAUGGAUUCCGACUGGCCUGGAAGAUGGAAUCACAUCAAGAAGUUGCUUGAGCGAGGUGGACCAUUUGCUCAUCCGGAUUUUGAACCAAGUCCUGAGACAUUGAUGUUUCUUCAGGAUGUGUGCAAGAUUUUAGUCAUCGGUGCUGGAGGACUGGGUUGUGAGCUGCUUAAGGACUUGGCUCUGAUUGGUUUCCGAAAUAUUGACAUCGUUGACAUGGAUACCAUUGACGUCUCCAAUCUGAACAGACAGUUCCUUUUCAGAUCAAAAGAUGUUGGUAAGACCAAGGCACAGGUUGCGGCAGAUUUUGUCAACACAAGAGUACCAGGAUGUAACGUUGUAGCACAUUUUGCUAAGAUUCAAGACUAUGAUGAAUCAUUCUAUAGACAAUUUCAUAUACUGGUGUGUGGCUUAGACUCAAUUGUAGCGAGAAGAUGGAUAAAUGGAAUGCUGAUAAGUAUGCUGAAUUACAAAGAUGGAGAGCUGGAUCAGAGCAGCAUCAUUCCGAUGGUGGAUGGAGGAACGGAAGGAUUCAAGGGAAAUGCUCGAGUUAUCCUGCCAGGGAUGACAGCUUGUGUUGAGUGCACUCUCGAUCUGUACCCACCUCAAGUAAAUUUUCCAUUGUGCACCAUAGCCCACACACCUCGACUUCCAGAACACUGCAUUGAGUAUGUUAGGAUACUGCAGUGGCCGAAAGAAGAUCCAUUUGGUGCUGGUACACCAAUAGAUGGAGAUGACCCCAAACAUAUAUCCUGGAUCCUAGAGAAGUCACAAAUCAGAGCGAAUAAAUAUAAGAUUACUGGAGUUAAUUAUCGACUCACACAAGGUGUGGUUAAGCGCAUCAUUCCUGCUGUUGCAUCCACAAAUGCUGUUAUUGCAGCUGCUUGUGCCACUGAGGUGUUUAAGCUGGCAACCAGCUGCUGUCAACCACUGAACAAUUACAUGAACUUUAACGACACUGAAGGUGUCUACACUUAUACGUUUGAAGCACAGAGAAGGGAUGACUGUCUGGGCUGCAGUCAGGCUCCUCAGACUCUGACGUUUAUGGAGAAUGACAAACUACAGGAUAUAAUUACCUACCUGGUGGAACACACCACAUAUCAAAUGAAGUCUCCCGGCGUGACGACCAGCGUGAAUGGUAACAACAAGACUCUGUACAUCCACACCGUCAAGUCGAUCGAGGAGAAGACCAAACACAACCUGAAGAAAUCUCUUAAAGAACUUGGUCUGUUGAAUGGACAGGAGAUCUACGUGGCGGACCCGACGUCGCCCAACUCCAUCACCUUCCGACUACAGAUCGGGACCAGCAUGGAGGCCAGCUGAAACCGGCCACACAUGAACUCUGUGAUGUGUUGACUCUCAGUAACAGUGCACUUUGUGCCCUCACUGAUCCUACAGGAACGCGAGCAUGUCAACAGUGCAGGUGCAUGUGCAGGGGGAGGGUUUUGAGGGUCAAAACCCCUCCCUGCUCGAGCUAUUUUUUUUUUUUUAAAUAUAUUUUCUGGAGGAGCAUGAUGUGACCUUUUCUCUCUCCCUCCCCCCCCAGUAAACUAUGGUCAUCAUAGUCUAGACCUCCCCACCCCCAGCUAUAAUUCCUGCACACACGGCUGCAGAAUGCAUUUUCUGUUGCAACCGACAGAUGGUACAUGAAUAUGUUAGAUUGCUAUAAGUGUAUUUUCUGUUGUGAUUCACGCUGCUUGAAUGUGAAAUAGUGCUAAAAAUGUAUUUACUGUUUCUCUACAAGAAUAUAUCCUAUUGCAAUAACUGUAUUUUCUAUUACCACUGAUGCCAGGGAUUGAAUUUUACCAUCAUGGCAAAAAUGCCCUGUGCCCUGUGUUGCCAUCUUUACUUGACAUUGUUCCUCGAAUAUCAGACGUCGACAGCAAGAAAUAUGUUGUGGUGCCCUACCUUGAUUGCACACCCCACAUUGUAUAUGUAAGAAAUAGUAAAAUUAUCCUUGGUAAUAUUAUAUAAGUCAUCCAUAUCCAACAAACUAUUUAGGCUAGAGGCCUAGGUAUUAGCUAAGGGUGAAAUUAUGUUUUUCUGAGAAAACUUGGUAGAAAGUAAGCUGCCUUCUUACCCCUCUUUUGAAGGAAAAGUUUGCAUUGAUGCCCCUCCAACUUGCCUUGGUGCCCUAAAUUUCUGUUAUUAAACUGAACUGAAGUUGAGCCCACCUAAAAUGAAAAUUUGACCCCUGUGAAUCUACAUUAAUGUGAAAUUGUGCUAAAAGAAUAUUUGCUGUUCAAAAUCAGUCUGAUACAACAUGAAUACAUAAGCGUAUGAGACGGGGGCGGAGCAAUUGCCUCUCUAGUGCUGGAGCAAAACCUCAAAUUCGGGCACAAAUGAUACAGACAUUCAGGCAAAAUGUGCCAACUUGAAACCUUUUUAUUAUGUAUUUCUAUCAUUCUACAAUCAAAAUUAGUUCUAAUCAAUGUAAAAAUGCAUGAUGAUUAAUUUACAGCCCUAUAAUAGUUGCUUGUUAUAAUGCUAAUAUGAGUAAAUGUUAUCCAGAUUUGGGCAUUUUCACAUAAUUUUGGGCAAAAGCCAGCUUACCCCCCUAAAAAAAUGGAAGCCUGUACGCCUAUGCAUGAAUACAUCAGAUUGUGGUAACAAUGUAUUGAAUGUUCCAGAGACGGACUUGUGCAAAAAUAAUUUUAUCUUGUUCAAACUCCCGACAUAAGACAUGAACAUGGAAUUGUGCCAAUGGAAUAUUUCCUGUGAGAUUGUGAUAGAUGAUCAAAUAUUUAUAUGUGAACUUUUAACAUUGUUGGUCAGAGGUGAAACACUUGUAUGUGGUAGAAGGAAGUUAAAAUGUUUGACAUUUCAGAUAAAGUAGAAAUCCCAUCAA